AUGGCCAGCAUCUUGAAGUUGCCGCUGCCCUCGGCAGGAGAAGGCGAGAAGAUCGUGGUGAAAAAGACCUUCCUGGAAGUUGAGGAGGACGUUACCCCUCAAGGCUUACCCGCAACCUACAACUCCGAUUCGGUGGUUUGGGCACGCUUCACCCGGCAGAUAAGCAACUGCUCCGACGCUUGCGAAGAGGAGCCGAAGGAUGUCCAAUCUCCGGGUGGAGCCCUGGAGUUCACCGAGGAGGAACUGGGCGGCAAAAAAGUGUCCGAGAGCGUCGACUCCUUGCCGAAACUUCUCGGAAAUACUUCCAUGAUGACGAUGUCUACAAAUGACGACAAGGAUUCCUGCUCCUCUAUUUCGGACGGCAGCCCUCCGAGCACUACGACGAUCAGGCCCUCCCUGGGGCCAACGCCCUCGGUGGAGGAUGUGGAUGAGGCGACCGAAAAGGCCAUGACAGCGGCAGCUGCAGCUUUGGACGCUGCAGGAAUCUCAAGGCAGUCGCUGGACCAUUUGCUGAACCACCUCUCAACCUCCGUCCCCGCGCCACGGCCGGUGCAGCUGCUGCCGGCGCUGCCAGCACCAGGGCCGCGAACACAGCGCACGACCGUGAUGCUGCGGAACUUGCCCAACAACUACACCCGGAACAUGGUUUGCACGAUGAUGGACAAGGAGGGCUUCAAGGGUUCCUACGAUUUCAUCUAUUUGCCCAUUGACUUCCGCUCGAAGGCAAACCUCGGCUACGCCUUCGUAAACCUCGUGGAUGAGCCGCAGGUUCAGUUGUUUUGGCAGAUCUUCGACGGCUACACGAAGUGGGUCUUGCCCAGUGCGAAGGUGUGUUCAGUGAGUUGGAGCGGACCACAUCAAGGGCAGCAGGCACACAUCGAUCGUUACAGGGACAGCCCUAUCAUGCACGGAAGCGUUCCGGACGAGUUCAAGCCGGCCAUUUUUGCUGAAG